AUGGCCUACCAUGAUCCUGGAUGCAAAGGAGCUAGUAAAAAAAUGCAAAAAAUGCAAAAAAUUUGCACCAGUUAUUCAUCAGCCAGCCCAAGACUUCCAACCGAUCCUGAAUCCUUUUCCAUUUGCUCAAUGGGGACUAGAUAUCUUGGGGCCAUUUCUCGAUGCUCCAUACUAGAAAGAUGGCUGAUAGUCGGCAUUGACUAUUUUGGCAAAUGGAUCGAGGCCGAGGCAGCUUCGAACAUCAUCGCGCAAACUUUGCAGAAUAUCAUCACUCGCUUCGGAAUCCUGAAGGUGUUCGUCUUUGAUCAUGGAAGGCAAUUUGAUAAUCUGUCGCUAAGGCAAUACACUGAUCAGUUCGGCACAAAGCUGGCUUAUUCUGUGGUCUGCCAUCCGCUGAGCAACGGUCAAGCCGAAUCAGCAAACAAGCAGAUUCUCAAUGAUCUCAAGAAAAGGGUGGAGGAUCAAAAGUCCAAGUGGAUAGAGGAACUCCCAGUUACCCUCUGGUCACUUCGGACAACUAAAAUAGAGGCUACGGGACAUUCACCAUUUGAAUUAGUAUAUGGAUCUGAAGCCGUGCUUCUAGUGGAAAUAGGCACUGAAAGUCUGCGAGUACACCACUUCUCAGUCAAAGAAAAUGAACAUCUUCUUAAAGAAUCCCUCGAUUUUCAAGACGAAGUCAGAGAUUUGGCCCGAGACAUAAUGGCUGCAUACAAGCAAAGAAUCACCAAGUUCCAUAACCGAAGGGUUAAUGCAAGACCACUCAAAAUUGGGGACUUGGUUCUUCGAAAUGUUGUAGCUGUAUAA